AACACUGUUCAAAACAAGGGAAUCGGGGGAAUAAUUUUCAAAACAACAACAUUCGGUUGCGGUCGCAACGAAUGUGGCUCUUCUAAUGCUUCAAUACUUAAAAAAGUUGACCUUCAGGAAGGUUUGUUCGAAGAAGGGUCGAGUGUAGACGUAAAGGAUUAAAACCAGACGAACUAGAGACGAAUUAUCGCUUAAAAGCACUGCCGCCAUUGACCUAAAACGCAAGGGGUCUUUUGGACAGGAGCCACAAUGGUGAAAACGUUCCAGGCUUAUUUGCUCGAUUGCCAUCGAACGUACAGUUGUAUUCACUGUAGAGCACAUUUGGCAAAUCACGACGAGCUUAUCUCAAAGUCAUUUCAAGGGAGCCAAGGAAGAGCCUAUCUUUUCAAUAAAGUUGUCAACGUUGGUUGUGGCCCUGCGGAAGAGCGAGUACUUUUGACCGGUCUGCAUGCAGUUUCAGAUAUCUUUUGCGAAUGCUGUAAAACGACAUUAGGUUGGAAAUACGAGCACGCAUUCGAAAUCAGCCAGAAAUACAAAGAGGGAAAAUACAUCAUCGAAAUGGCACAUAUGAUAAAAGACAAUGGAUGGGAAUAAUCAUGUAUUUGUUUGUCCACCGCUAGCCGACCGGUAUUUGUAUCAAUUUAUUAUGAUAAUAUCUAAAAGCUUUUCUACCAUAGCUGCUACAUGCUAGUUUAUCACUGCAAAAAUAUGAAAGAAGGUUGAGUUCGUUGUUUUUUGUACAUACAUAUAAAAAAGUAAGAAUUUUUAUCUAAUAUGCAACAGUAAAAAAACUGGAUUCCUAUGGAACUUUCAGUAAAUUUUGUAUAUAAUAAAUACAAGACCUGAUAUAAGCCAGGUUUAGAUAUUGUAGAUAGAUGUAAGAGUCGCGCCAAGAGAUACAAGAGUGUGUAUUCGAUGAUGAUUGUGACGGAGCGAAGACAGCUAUGAUUUGCGAUUGUAAAUAUGUAAAAUUUUAAACUCUGUCGAUGAAUUAUUGUCAGGAAAGAAACGUUUAGUAAAACUAAGGUCUAUUAUGCAAA